AAGAAACAUUUGUCCGACAGAGCAGAUUGAAUUGAAAGAUCAAGUCAAGAUUCACCAUUCGCAAAUAUGGCUGUGCCUCACAUAACAACCUCUUCGAUCCUAUCCUCCUUCCUCCCACGACUAUCCGCCCCAGCAAUCUCCAAUGCCUCAAGAUUCACAACACUAUUUUCCCGACAGCUCUCACAUCCUCUUCUACCAUCUCUAUCGAUAGGGAUCCCCUCAGCAAUACAAUUGAACGUGCCUGGAUUCAUUGAAGGAUUAUGGGAAUCAAUUUUGAAGGCUGUACCUAAGAAGAAGACUUCACACUCGAAGAAGCGAUCCCGGAUGUUGGCUGGAAAGGCAAUGAAGGAUGUGACAGCAUUGAACAGAUGCUCUGCCUGCGGACAUGUCAAGAGGGCUCACGUAUUAUGUCCAUACUGUGUGAAGGGUCAGUUCCUCAUAUCCCCCUACAGACGCAAUUGCUCAUCCCGUGGCAGAAAUCCAGAACAUGUUCAAGGGCAAAGUUGAAAAGACGACAUCAGAGAAGCCAGAAGACUCAUAGUACCGAACCAUACGAGGGGACAGCUUUUGGGAUGUAAGGAUAUUGGAA